AUUGUGGCGAUGCUGAGGCGCAGAGUUUAGGAGACGCGUCUACUGUGAGGCCGGCUCCGCUCGGAGGGCAGGAAGAAGAGCAGGGGCGGGGAGAUCGGCCCCGGCGAGCGGCGGUGAUAGACAGCCCGCCGGCCCGGCCCGGCCCUGCAGCGCCGGCUUCUCGUCUCCGGAGUGCUGUAGACGCAGCUCUGCGGCCUCGCGCGGUGGGCGGCCGGGCAGCCGCGAGGCGCUGCCGCAGCGCCGGGCUUGUAAACAGAUCCGGCCGCACGUGACCAUGUGAACUACCUGCUUCGGGGACGCGUAUUGUCUCUCCUGCGAGCCGCACCACAAAGGAGCUCGGCGGUUCGAGUGCGGAGGGGCGGCCGAGCGAGCGCAGAGAGCCGGCCGGUGUGCUAAGAUGGCUGAAGGCGCCCGGAGAGGGUGAGCAGGGGGCGCGGUGCAGCCAGCCGCCGAGACUUCAGGCGGGUAGGGUCGUCGGCCCUCCCCCGCGGCCGGGCGCCGCAGCCACCAUGUCUUUCGCUCUGGAGGAGACGCUCGAGUCGGACUGGGUGGCUGUGCGGCCCCAUGUGUUCGAUGAGCGCGAGAAGCACAAGUUCGUGUUCAUUGUGGCCUGGAACGAGAUCGAAGGCAAGUUUGCCAUAACCUGCCACAACCGGACAGCCCAGAGGCAGAGGAGUGGCUCCCGGGAACAGGCGGGGACUCGAGGGGGUGCCGAGGCUGGCGCACCCGUGUCUGACGGGACCCGCGGGCCAGGCAGCCCGGUGGGCAAGGGACGGCCUGAGGCCACCGGCUCUGCGACUCCAGUCCGGAGCCCUGGGUCCCGGAGGAGUCCGACCUGGGCGGAGGGAGGCUCUCCGCGGAGCGCGCGCUGUCUUCGGGGGGACCCGCCGCAGCGGAGCCCGGCCGGCAGAGGAGCGGAGAGUCUUCUCAGGAGCCCUGCGCGGGCCAAGCCUAGCCCGGUCCGAAAAGGAGUGGAAGCCAGAGAUGCGGCAGGGUCCGCCACUGCUACCCAAACGGCGCCCAAGGAGGCCCCGGUUUCCUCUGUGCGAGUUGUGAGCGCCUCCGGGGCGGUCUCCGAGGAGAUCGAAGUCCUGGAAAUGGUUAGGGAGGAUGAGACGCCCCUGGCGCUCUCCGACGCGGAGCAGCCGCCUCCCGCGGCCGAGCCGGAGUCUCCGGCUGAAGAGUGCAGCUGGGCCGGGCUCUUUUCCUUUCAGGAUCUGCGCGCCGUGCACCAGCAGCUGUGUUCUGUGAACUCGCAGCUGGAGCCAUGCCUGCCAGUGUUCCCCGAGGAACCCUCCGGCAUGUGGACCGUGCUGUUCGGGGGCGCGCCUGAGAUGACAGAGCAGGAGAUCGAUACUCUGUGUUACCAGCUCCAGGUCUACCUGGGCCACGGCCUGGACACCUGUGGCUGGAAGAUCCUCUCUCAGGUGCUCUUCACGGAGACCGAUGAUCCUGAGGAGUAUUACGAAAGCCUCAGCGAGCUUCGACAGAAGGGUUACGAAGAAGUGCUUCAGCGGGCCAGGAAGCGUAUCCAGGAGCUCUUGGAUAAGCAUAAGAACACAGAGAGCAUGGUGGAGCUUCUGGACUUAUAUCAGAUGGAGGAUGAAGCCUAUAGCAGCCUUGCAGAAGCAACAACUGAACUCUAUCAGUAUUUACUGCAGCCAUUCCGAGACAUGAGAGAACUUGCCAUGCUACGAAGACAGCAGAUCAAGAUUUCUAUGGAAAAUGAUUAUCUGGGACCCCGAAGAAUUGAGAGUCUACAAAAAGAAGAUGCCGACUGGCAGCGGAAAGCUCAUAUGGCUGUACUAUCUAUUCAAGAUCUUACAGUCAAAUAUUUUGAAAUAACAGCAAAAGCUCAAAAAGCUGUGUACGAUCGAAUGCGAGCAGAUCAGAAGAAAUUUGGUAAAGCAUCAUGGGCAGCAGCUGCUGAACGUAUGGAAAAACUCCAAUAUGCAGUUUCUAAAGAGACUUUGCAGAUGAUGAGAGCUAAAGAGAUCUGUUUGGAACAGAGGAAACAUGCACUAAAAGAAGAGAUGCAAAGUUUACAGGGUGGUACAGAAGCCAUAGCUCGAUUGGAUCAGUUAGAAGCCGAUUAUUAUGAUCUGCAGCUUCAGUUGUAUGAAGUACAGUUUGAAAUCUUAAAGUGUGAAGAGUUACUGUUGACAGCACAACUGGAAAGUAUCAAAAGACUUAUAUCAGAAAAGAGAGAUGAAGUAGUUUACUAUGACACUUAUGAAAGCAUGGAGGCCAUGCUAGAGAAGGAAGAAAUGGCAGCCUCUGUGCAUGCACAGAGGGAAGAGCUGCAGAAACUACAGCAGAAAGCACGCCAGCUGGAAGCAAGACGGGGACGUGUCUCAGCCAAGAAAGCCUACCUCAGAAAUAAAAAGGAAAUUUGUAUUGCAAAACACAAUGAAAAAUUCCAACAGCGCAUUCAAAGUGAAGAGGAAUAUAGAACCCAUCACAUGGUACAACUAAAGAGAGAAAAAGUGCAUGAUGAAGAGGAAAGAAAAAGUGCCUGGGUUAGUCAGGAGAGACAGAGAACGCUGGAUAGACUUCGAACAUUUAAACAGAGGUACCCUGGGCAAGUCAUACUUAAAUCAACCAGAUUGCGACUGGCUCAUGCGAGAAGAAAAAGUGCAACAAGUCCUGUGCCCCAUGAGGAUCCAUGUGACUCUCUACCAGGGGUGUUGCAGGUAGAGGGAAAAACUGAAGAGGUGGGAGAAGGAAGAGGCCAGCUUGGGUCAUCACAGACAACAGAAUCCCAGCACCUUUCACAACUUGAAGAUAAUUCAUUAGCACAACUUGAAGCCACUUCAUUACCUCUCAGUGGUGUUACCUCCGAACUGCCUCCCACUGCAUCUCUUCCACUUUUGAAUAGCAGUGACCUUGAACCAUGUUCUGUUAGCACAGAUCCAUUCCCACCACCUCUCCCUCCUACACCCCCUCCACCCCCACCACCCCCUCCCCCUCCCCCUCCUCCCCCUCUGCCUGUUGCAAAGGACAACACUGCCAACCCAGAGACACUGGAGAAAGGUCUGCCUAGAAAGGAGGGGAAUGAGAAGAGGAUCCCGAAGUCUGCCAGCGCCCCCUCAGCACACCUUUUUGAUAGCAGCCAGCUGGUUAGUGCCCGAAAGAAGCUCAGGAAGACUGCUGAAGGUUUGCAGAGGAGGAGAGUGAGCUCACCUAUGGAUGAAGUGCUAGCAUCCUUGAAGCGUGGUAGUUUUCAUUUGAAAAAGGUUGAACAGCGAACUCUGCCUCCUUUUCCUGAUGAAGAUGAUAGUAAUAAUAUCUUGGCACAAAUAAGGAAAGGGGUAAAAUUGAAGAAGGUACAGAAGGAAGUUUUGAGAGAAUCCUUCACACUUCUGCCUGAUACAGACCCUCUAACACGGAGCAUCCAUGAAGCUCUACGAAGAAUUAAAGAGGCAUCCCCUGAGUCAGAGGAUGAAGAGGAGGCUUUGCCUUGCACAGACUGGGAGAACUGACAAGUAACUUAAAGAAGAAAAAUACGUACAGAUGAAGAUUGGUUCGGAUUCUUUUGGAAAACAAAAGUUGAACUCUUGGUUCCACAGUUGGAUUCCAUUAGACCCAAAGUAUAUUGACUCAGUUGUAUGGGGGGGGGGAAAAGGAAGCACAAUUGGCAAAUUAUUACUUUUAUAGUCAUUCCAAUAGAUAAUGGUUAAGAUGAUUUUUAAAUGUGCAAUGUUCCUAUCUGUGAUGAAGAAAGGCCUCCUGGAGAUGGCUGUUUUUUAUGCACCUUCCCUUCCCCCAUCCAUAUAUAUACUUGUAGUGGCCAGUUAAACUGGGAGUUGCUAUGAGUUGGAAGAACACUGGGCUGACAGAGAUCUACUGUGAGCUGUUUUGGGACUGCUUUGAGAUCCAUCUUUCAGUGUACUGAAAGGAAGGACAUCUGCUGAAAACAUAGAGCUUCUUCCAUAUCAGCUUACAGAAAUAGUGCUACAUUCUGAAAUAGAAGUUUAUCAUGGUAGCAAUAGGUCAGGAAUUAUAAUCAGAUGGAAAUGUAGUUCAAAAUAUACUUAAAAACAGUUCUCCUCUCCAAAGGAAUUUUCAUAAAUGAUGUUCAACAUCUGAAAGAUCAAUGGAGAUAUACCUAUUAAUGUGUGUACCAAACAUGAUAACAUUUAACAAGGCAUAUUGUUAGAAGGCUACACAGUCUACACUUUGUAAGGGUUUGAAGUUAAAAUUUCCAUGCUUUUAAAUAGCUUUUCAUAAUUCUGAAUUUAUAAUGGUUUGAAUUUUAUGUGCAUCCUUGUUUAUGAGAAGCAAUACUUUGUAAUUUGAUAAUGUUUCAAAUUAUUUUUAAUCUUUUUGUUUGAACUGUUGCUUGAUCACCAUAACUCAUGACUUUCCUAUUGAGAAUCAAAAAGGAGGAUUCAAUAAUAGGGAUGUAGAUCAUAACUCUUUAUCAUGCACCAUUAAAAGUUUUUAUUGUUAUGCUCCACAGUGUAAAGCAUGUGCUCCACAAAGAUGCAGAAAGUAGACAGGAAAGCCUCUUUGGCUGGAAUUUCACUAUGUUGAAAUGCUCUGAAUGGAACAUUGGGAGAGAGCCUUUGUUAUUGAAUAUUAUUUUCAUUAACAAAAAUUCCCAGCAGCAGAAGGUUAUAUAAAACAAAAUCUUUUUGCUCAAACAUUAGUAAUAUAUUUAUUGAUGAGACUAGGAAUUUCUGCACAACAUUUUCAUGAUACAUUGGUUCUAGUCCCAGCAUAAGUCCCGUGUCUUGUCUGGGAUGAUUAGUAGUACACAUUUAAUAUAUAUAAACUUUAGUAGGGGUGGGUACAUAUCCUUUAUAACUUCAGUAAAGCAUUAAAGUAUGCUUUUAACCCAAAGAGCCAUUCGUUAGAUUAAUGUAUUUGCAAAUUUUUAAAUUUAGAAAACUUUUUUUUAAAAAAACAUGUAUCCAUCUAAUCCAUCCAUUUUGUGUGUGUGUGUGUGUGUGUGUGUGUGUGUCCAUGUAUCAGUAUUUCAUGUGUCAAGUGUUUUGGAUGCUUGUUCAUAACCUAACUUUUAUUCAUUUUUUUUUCAAUUUUGGAAAAAUACAGAAGGAUGUAAUGUUAAAUUAACAACAAAAAACACUGGACCCUUCAUGUUGAGAGAAUUGCUACCCAUUAGUACUAUGGGAUUCUAUUACAAAGCAAUCUCACUUUAAAAAGGCUCUUGUGCUCUGUCUUUAGCCCCCUUGUAAUCAGCUGGUGAUGUGGCUCAGUGUAGAUUGCUUACCUACAUGUAUGAGGCCCUGCGCCCCAUCGUCAGCACUUGGGGGGAGAGAUUCACCUGGCUACUUCCACAAAAUUACAAAUUACUGUAGGUCACAUACUAUUGGAGUUAAAAGAACGAGGGUCCACUUGUCUAAAAUGAGUAUCAAUUGAACCCCCAUUUUAAAGCAGUAUCAGAACCCUACAAAAGCUAAGCGUGAUCAAUAUUCUUUUUUUCCUUGCCUCUAAUAAAAUGCAGAUAUUUGCUUUAAUAUUAAACUA